CCAAGACACUUCUAGUACCACAAGAGGAAGCUUAGCGCACAGCUAGCUGUACGAAACCGAAUCCACGCCGUCGAUUUAUAGAGAGGCGUGGUCGUCCCUGAUCGGUCGAAAGUUGGAUCAUAUAUAGGGUGUGCUACUUUCUAGGGCGCCAUGAUCACGUGGCUGGCCGUGUACCAUGUCGUGGAGGCGAUGGCGCCGCUGUACACGGCGGCGGUGCUCGGGUACGCGUCCGUGCGGUGGCUCAAGGCCUUCUCCGAGGAGCAGUGCGCGGGGAUCAACCACUUCGUCGCCAUCUACGCCGUGCCCGUGCUCAUCUUCAACAUGGUCUCCACCAACAACCCCUACGCCAUGAACGGCCGCCUCGUCGCCGCCGACACGCUGCAGAAGGCCGUCAUGCUGCUCGGCCUCGUCGCGUGGGCCGCCUGGGAGUCCCGUUCGCGCCGCCGCCGUCCCUCAAUCGGAGGCGGCAAGGCUUCGGCUUCGGCUGCGGCGGCCUCUCCGCUGCAGUGGGUGGUGACCGCCUUCUCCGUGGCGUCGCUGCCCAACACCAUCAUCAUGGGCGUGCCGCUCCUCGGCGGCAUGUACGGCGCCAUGUCCAAGGACCUCAUGAAGCAGAUCGUCGUCAUGCAGUUCUGCGUCUGGUACAACGUCGUCAUCUUCAUCUACGAGUACAUGGCGGCCCGGCGCGCCGCGACGGCCAUGGAUGGCACCGCCAAGAUUAGCCCUGGGUCGCCCGGGGCGGCGCCGUCCGCUGAGAAAAUCGCUCCCAACGACGAGGCCAUCGUUGCGGCUAAGCGGGCCCACGAAGUAACCGUAAACAUCGAGAUCACGGAGGUUGCCCCGGCGUCUACGGUACAAAAAGACCUGGCAGACAACACAACUACGACGGUGGCCAGGGAGAUGAGUACCGAUGCGGAGGAAGCGUCGCCGCCGCCGCCGGCGAAGUCGACGGCGCCGUCGGUGACGCACAUCGCGUUGAUGGCAGGGAAGAAGGUUCUCAAGAUUCCGAAUACCUAUGCCAGCUUCCUUGGCCUCAUCUGGGCCCUGAUCGCAUUCAAGUGCGGAAUCAAGAUGCCAAAAAUAAUCGACGACUCACUGUUCACCAUCCAGACGACGGCGGUGGGGCUCAGCAUGUUCGCGUCGGGGACGUUCAUAGCGCGGCAGUCGCGGUUCGUCCCGUGCGGCUACGCGAUCGCGUCGGUGUCGAUGGUGCUCAAGUUCCUGGUAGGCCCGGUGGUGAUGCUGCUCGCGUCGCUCGCCAUCGGCAUGCACGGCACCCUGCUGCACAUUGCUGUUGUACAGGCGGCACUACCCCUAGCUGUGACUUCAUUUGUGUACGCUGAAGAAUACAAGGUCCAUGCAGACAUCAUGAGCACAGGGGUAAUUCUUGGGAUAUUUAUCUCACUCCCCGUCACCAUUGUAUACUACAUUCUAUUAGGGCUAUGAUCGAGCUACCAAGAUCGAUGUCCAAAGCCCGAAAAGCGCAUGUCAGAUGUAGAAGACGUGCCACACAACAGUUGAAGACGGCAGCUCGAUUGCAGCUUGAAGAAUCCAACUUGAUUGCAGCAUGAUAAUCCAAAUUAAAGAAUCAAGAGAAUCAUGACGAUGUUGUUUGAAUGUGGUUAAUCAAUAGAAAGUUCACCUUUUCACUGAAA